UAUUAAAAAUUAACUAUUAAAAGAAUUUUCAGUUUCAUGGUCACUCUCGUCAAGAUCACUUCAUUCACUAAGAAGGUCACGUAAAAAAAACUAAUUACAAACAAAAUGAAAUUAACAGUAUUUUUUGGUUUAAUGGCUCUGUUCGCCAUCAUCUUUAGCGCUGAAGCAGGAAGAAAAUACCAAUUUAUACCCGCCAAAUGUGUAGAACAUGAUACCCAGAAGCAAAUAGAUGGUCCUUUGAAAGUUUGCACUUUCCCCCCUAAACACAAGCCAGUGCCUCAGGAAGACAUUAAUGCUGUUAUUAAGCAUAUACAAACUUUACAAUUAGAUUGAGUAAAUAAAUUAAUUUAAAACAAAUCAUU